CCUUUUCACCAAGCUUCUUCUUCCUCCAUUGUUCUCUCUGUUGAAGCAAUGGGCAGCAUUGAAUCCGACAGAACCGUUACCGGUCUCGCCGCCAAAGACCCGUCUGGGGUUCUGUCUCCCUACACUUAUACUCUCCGAAACACCGGCCCGGAUGAUGUUUUCAUUAAAGUGAUUUGCUGUGGAAUCUGUCACUCCGAUCUUCACCAAAUCAAGAAUGAACUCGGCCUGUCCAAUUACCCCAUGGUUCCUGGACAUGAAGCGGUCGGAGAAGUGGUUGAGGUUGGAUCGGAAGUGAGUCGAUUCAGAGUUGGGGAUUUGGUCGGUGUUGGGUGUAUUGUUGGAUCCUGUUCGAGUUGCGGUCCUUGUAAUUCCGAUAAGGAGCAGUACUGUAACAAGAAGAUCUGGACCUAUAACGAUGUGUAUCUCGACGGCCGACCCACUCAAGGUGGAUUCUCCUCCGCCAUGGUCGUGCACCAAAAGUUUGUGGUGAAAAUCCCAGAAGGGAUGUCGCCGGAGCAGGCGGCGCCGCUGUUGUGCGCGGGAGUGACGGUGUACAGCCCACUGCGCCACUUUGGACUGAAACAGAGUGGGUUAAGAGGCGGAAUUUUGGGACUGGGCGGCGUUGGGCAUAUGGGCGUGCAAGUGGCGAAGGGUUUGGGCCACCACGUGACGGUGAUAAGCUCAUCGGAGAAGAAGAGGAAGGAAGCUCUGGAACAUCUCGGCGCAGACGAGUACUUGGUCAGCUCCGACGCAACUCAAAUGGAACGAGCCAUAGGCUCGCUGGAUUACAUCAUCGACACAGUCCCUGUUUCUCAUCCGCUCGAGCCGUACCUCUCUCUGCUAAAACUCGACGGCAAAUUGAUCAUGAUGGGUGUCAUUAACACCCCAAUGCAAUUCGUUUCGCCUCUCCUUAUGCUCGGGAGGAAGACGAUUGCCGGGACCUUCAUCGGAAGCAUGACGGAGAUACAAGAGGUGUUGGAUUUCUUCAAAGAGAAGGAGCUGACCUCCACGAUUGAAGUGGUAAAGCUGGAUUACAUAAACAAGGCUCUGGAGAGGUUGGAGAAGAACGAUGUUAGAUACAGGUUCGUUGUCGAUGUAGCCGGAAGUAAGUUCCCGGAGUGAAGCUGGUCGGCGUCGGAGAAUCUCAAACAUGGUAACUUGUUUGGUUUGUUCAUAAUAAAUGAUGGUGUAACAGCUAGAAGAUUUUGAGCAUUAUGAGAACGAGAAUGUCUGUUCCCAAUGAACAAUUAUGGUUUUGAGCUCUUGCCUCUUUUAAUAUA